AUGUUAAUUGAAACUGUUGUUUUGGGAAUUCACAGGGUAAAUGAUUUGAAGACUGGUACGCUGGUAGGAACGGACAAAUAUGGAAACAAAUACUAUGAAGACAGAAGAAACUUCUUUGGUCGACACAGAUGGGUCAUCUAUACUGAUGAAAUGAAUGGCAAAAAUACAUUUUGGGAAGUUGAUGGAAGUAUGGUGCCCCCUGAAUGGCACCGCUGGCUUCACUCAAUGACGGAUGACCCUCCAACUACUCAUCCACCAGUUGCUCGUAAAUUUAUCUGGGAGAACCAUAAAUUCAAUCUGAGCGGCACUCCCGGGCAGUAUGUACCUUACUCUACUACUCGCAAGAAGAUACAAGAGUGGGUCCCACCUACAACAGCUAGCAAAUAACAACAACAAAUGUGACUUACUUCAGCUUUGGCCAUCAGCGUAGAUUGUAUUUUCACUGGUUUUGUUCAAAAUAAAAGCCUCCUAUAAUA